CGUUUACGGGUCUUUAUUCUCUUCCCAAUUCUUGAGGAUAUUUUUUAACCCGAUCUGAAAUUAGACGGAGAAAAGAUAUUUUUUAAUCAGGGAAAGUAAAUUUGUGUUGUAUCAUCGAAAUUAGGUUAUAGAAUUUUGAUUUGGUUGUGAAAUCAUGUCGAGAAAGAUGCUAAUCGAUGGAGAAGUGAACAACUCUAACGAACAGGAAUAUGACUAUGAUCUGUUUGUUAUUGGUGCUGGUAGUGGUGGUGUUCGUGCUUCUAGAACUUCAGCUGGUUAUGGAGCUAAGGUUGCAAUCUGUGAGCUUCCUUUUCACCCAAUCAGUUCGGAAACCAUUGGUGGAGUUGGUGGAACAUGUGUUAUCCGAGGUUGUGUACCUAAAAAGAUAUUGGUGUAUGGAGCAUCUUUUGCCGGAGAAUUUGAGGAUGCACAAAAUUAUGGAUGGGAACUGAACGAGAAACCUAACUAUAACUGGAAAAAGCUCUUGGAAAACAAGACGCAAGAAAUAGUCAGAUUAAAUGGGAUUUACAAGCGGUUAUUGUCAAAUGCUGGGGUUGAAAUGUACGAAGGCGAAGGGAAGGUAGUUGGUCCCCAUGAAGUUGAAUUGACCCAAAUUGAUGGGACAAAACUGAACUUUUCUGCAAAACAUAUAUUGGUAGCAACUGGUGGCAGGGCUCAGCGUCCUAAUAUUCCUGGGAAGGAGCUGGGUAUCACGUCUGACGAGGCUCUUAGCUUGGAUGAAUUGCCCAAGAGGGUUGUGGUAUUAGGGGGAGGAUACAUUGCUGUUGAGUUUGCUUCAAUCUGGUGCGGGAUGGGUUCUACUGUAGAUCUUUUCUUCAGAAGAGAACUUCCAUUGAGAGGAUUUGAUGAUGAAAUGAGGGAGCUCGUUGCAGAAAAUCUGAAAGGCAGGGGAAUUAAUUUGCACCCAGCUGAAAACCUUACCGAGUUGAUUAAAACUGAGGAUGGAAUAAAGGUGAUCACAGACCAUGGGAAAGAAUUAAUCGCUGAUGUGGUACUGUUUGCCACCGGUCGUAUACCAAAUACAAAGAGGUUGAAUUUGGAAGCUGUAGGUGUGGAGCUUGAUCGAACUGGAGCUGUGAAGGUUGAUGAGUUCUCUGGCACCAACAUCCCUAGCAUAUGGGCUGUCGGUGAUGUCACAAACCGCAUAAAUCUUACACCCGUUGCUUUAAUGGAGGGAUCAUGCUUUUCGAAAACUGUUUUCGGGAAAGAACCUAGUAAGCCAGAUUACAGAGAUGUGCCUUGUGCUGUGUUUUGUAUACCGCCUCUUUCUACAGUUGGACUCACUGAACAACAGGCUGUGGAACAGGCCAAGAGUGAUACGUUGGUUUUCACAUCAACAUUCAAACCCAUGAAGAAUACUAUUUCGGGGAGGCAAGAGAAGUCCAUGAUGAAACUGAUUGUUGAUGCUGAUACCGAUAAAGUUCUUGGGGCUUCCAUGUGCGGCCCAGAUGCAGCUGAAAUCAUGCAGGGCAUUGCUGUUGCAUUGAAAUGUGGAGCCACUAAGGCAAUAUUUGACAGCACGGUGGGCAUCCACCCUUCUGCUGCUGAAGAGUUUGUUACAAUGCGAACAGUGAGCAGACGUAUUCCUCCAGGUGGUAAACCCAAGACAAAUUUGUAAAAAGAUUAUCAAUGGAAAUCAAGUUAGAGUGGGUAGUGCAUUAGUUGGGUUAGUGUUCCACGUCUCUCACCGGCAAUACACAAUUCUUUAUUAUGUUUUCGUUUCAAUAAAAUUCGGAUGGUGUAGUCAUUGUAUUGUCAUUAUGAACAAAAGAGAGUGAGAAAGAUUGAAAAACAUUUCAGGUGGCAUAGUAGAUUUUUGGCAUCUACAUAUUUUACUCUAAAAAAUAAAAAACAUUCCUCUCGAAGUCUUUCCUGGAA